AUGAAACCAUCUAAACUGCAAGAUCAUCUGAGAAGAUGCCACCAUGAUAAAACAGAGAAAGAUUUGAAAUACCUUCAAACACUCAAAGAUAAAUUUCAGAAGAGACCUACACUGGACAGAAUGUUCGCUUCGACGUCACAAGAAAUGAUGAUGGUUUGCGGGCGUCUUACAAUAUCUCGUUACUUAUAG